AUGGAGCUGUAUGAGACAUCCCCCUACUUCUACCAGGAACCCCGCUUCUAUGACGGGGAAAACUACCUGCCUGUCCACCUCCAGGGCUUUGAGCCACCAGGCUAUGAGCGGACGGAACUCACCCUGAGCCCCGAGGCCCCAGGGCCCCUUGAAGACAAGGGGCUGGGCACCCCCGAGCACUGUCCCGGCCAGUGCCUGCCGUGGGCGUGUAAGGUGUGUAAGAGGAAGUCGGUGUCCGUGGACCGGCGGCGGGCGGCCACACUGAGGGAGAAGCGCAGGCUCAAGAAGGUGAAUGAGGCCUUCGAGGCCCUGAAGAGGAGCACCCUGCUCAACCCCAACCAGCGGCUGCCCAAGGUGGAGAUCCUGCGCAGCGCCAUCCAAUACAUCGAGCGCCUCCAGGCCCUGCUCAGCUCCCUCAACCAGGAGGAGCGUGACCUCCGCUACCGGGGCGGGGGCGGGCCCCAGCCAGGGGUGCCCAGCGAAUGCAGCUCUCACAGCGCCUCCUGCAGUCCAGAGUGGGGCAGCGCACUGGAGUUCGGCGCCAACCCCGGGGAUCAUCUGCUCACGGCUGACCCUACAGAUGCCCACAACCUGCACUCCCUCACCUCCAUCGUGGACAGCAUCACAGUGGAAGAUGUGUCUGUGGCCUUCCCAGAUGAAACCAUGCCCAACUAA